UGGGUUAUUUCGCUGAGGAUCCUGGGUACAUAGCUCAAUAGUAAUGCAGCGAAGAGGACUUUAAACACACAUGCAUCGCAACAACACAGCGACGAGAGAAAACGGAGAACACACAUUGUUGCGCUGGAUUUUACAGGUCUCUCUGUACACUGUAAAUACGCUUAGUUUAGUUACAUUGUAUUCACAUAAUCGCUUCUGUAACCUACCCCAUUGAUAUGACCSCGUCCUGUURCGCUUGCUUGGGGAGAGAGAGUACAACAACAGGAAUMAAUUCUAGRUACYCRGUUCUGYUCCCCUCGAGUCGGUUUACCGGGAAAUGGUAACGUUUGCACCGCAUUGGAAGGACCAUGGUUGAGGCGAGCAGCAAAUUUCUCCUAAUUGUAGUCGGCUCCGUCUGUUUUAUGCUGAURUUAUAUCAAUACGUCGCGCCCGGGGUUAUCAAUUUCGGCUCACCACACGGAUAUUUCACUGAGGAGGACGAUGSUGGGGACAUUUUCCCUUCCCCWGACCCGCACUARGUCAAGAAAUACUARUUCCCAGUCCGGGAUUUGGAYCGAACYGUGGAAUUUGAAAUCAAAGGAGAAGACGUMAUKGUMUUUUUACACAUUCAGAAGACAGGYGGGACAACGUUCGGGAGACACCUGGUUCAGAAUGUGAGGUUGGAGGUUCCGUGUGACUGUAGACCGGGRCAGAAGAAGUGUACCUGUUAUCGACCCAACCGAAAAGAGACCUGGUUAUUCUCCCGGUUCUCCACCGGUUGGAGUUGUGGCUUACACGCGGACUGGACCGAGCUAAAAAAUUGUGUUCCUGGAGUUCUAGAUAAAAAGGAGACCAGGAUAAAAAAUGAACGGAAAUUCUACUACAUAACCCUCUUAAGGGACCCAGUGUCUCGGUACCUCAGCGAAUGGAGACARGUCCAGAGGGGCGCGACGUGGAAGACCUCAUUACACAUGUGUGACGGACGWACCCCUACMCCGGAGGAACUWCCAGCCUGCUACGAGGGUUCUGAUUGGUCAGGAUGUACCUUGCAGCAGUUCAUGGACUGUCCUUAUAACCUGGCCAAUAACAGACAGGUUCGUAUGCUAGCGGACCUGAGCCUGGUAGGCUGCUACAACAUGUCUACAGUCCCAGAGCAGAGGCGUUCUCAGCUGUUAUUAGACUCUGCUAAGAAGAACCUGAGGGACAUGGCCUUCUUCGGCCUGACAGAGUACCAGAGGAAAACCCAGUUCCUGUUUGAGCGCACCUUCAGACUGAGGUUCAUACGCCCCUUUAUGCAGUACAACAGCACCAGAGCGGCCGGAGUGGAUUUGGACAACACUACGGUYCAGCGCAUCGAGGAGCUGAAUGAGCUGGACAUGGAGCUGUAUGAUUACGCCAGAGACCUGUUCCAGCAGAGAUACCAGUACACCAGGCAGCAGGAACGACGGCUGCAACGACUCAGGACCCACAACCAGAACCACAACGGUCAGAGGUUAGGGGUCGAGGGUCAAGGCCUGGGAGUGGGCCUGUGGCCUUCUAGAUCCAAACUAACCCCUGAACCAGGGGAGGGAGAAGUGGAGGACCCAGAAGAAGGGGGGAGAACAGAGGAGGUGGGAGGGAGGUUACCAACGGAAGACUAUAUGAACCAGAUAAUUAAUCGUUGGUAACGCACAUACACUCAUCGGAGGUUAGAGGUCAGGGGUGAAAGUGUAUAGGGUAGUUAUGGAGACUGAAGUAGAGGAAUGGAUUGAAUGUCGCUGACAACCGACUUUCAUCGUUCCCUCUCUCUCGCUUUCCCUACUCCACGUAAAGUG